AUGCACACACAAAAUGAAUCCGAUGGUCAUCUUGUACGUUCAGGUACAAUUAUACGUGAAAGUGUACGAUGUUUACCAAAAGGACAUUUUCAACAAAUUCGACAAAUGUUUGAUAAACAAUCAUGUUCGAAAAAACCGCUAUCAACAAUUUAUGAACGACAUCAAUCAAAACAACAACAAUCUGCUUCACCCUAUAAUGUACUUAAAUUACCUGUAACUGAUGAUGAAAAAUUACAACAUACAACAAAUAUUGAUGAUAUUAUUAUUGAAAACGAUAAAUCAUUUGAAGAAAAUUAUCUAUCCGAUUAUCCAUUAUUUCAUUCUGAAUUUGUAAAUAAAUCAUUUCAACAUUCGUUAUCUAAACCAAUUGAAAAUCAUUUAUCUACAGACACACAUUCAUCUACAACAUCACUACCACAACAAUUUCUAUUUCCAAUCGAUUCUGAAAAGUCUGUAUUGACGUCUAAACAACGUCGUCAAUUAGCAAUGGCUGCCGCUGUUAAUUAUCCUGAUAGUUUUGAAUCUUCACCAAGGCCAAAUCAAUUCAAUCGUAUAGGUAGUACACGUCAAUAUGUUUCAAGUUUACAACGUACAUUAACUGUUCAUGCUAAACCAGUUCUUGUUAAAACUACAUUUAAUCCAAUAAAACAAACUCCAUCGAUAAUAUACGAUUCUACUAAUGAAUUAUUUCCAUCAUCAAAACGUCUUCAAUCAUCAGCAUCUCUGUCGUCAACUGGUUAUGAUUCUAAUUCUUCACCUUCAAUGCUAUCAAAACGACACUCUCUAAUAACAAGUCAUAGUAAUGAUCUUUCAACAUCAAGUGAUGAACGACAACGAUUAAAUCCUUGGAUAUUAUAUGAAUCUGAAUUAGGUACUCCUAUAACUAUAGCUAAUUCAUAUUCAA